AGUGCUGAAUUCGACAAGAUGAUUUCGUAUAGACUCGAGGUUAUAGAUAUGCGACUCUAUGUGAAGACCAUUAAUGCUUAUAGUGGUUUAAAUGUAGCACUUAUGAAAACCCUUAACAAGAACAAUGGAAAAUAUGUUUUGCGCCACAGUUCAAUGCAAUUACUUUAUGUUAGUCCCGGUCGCUAUGAAGUUGGUCCUGCAGUUAUUUUCACAGAUAGGAUCCCGCGAAGGAGAGAAGCAUUUAAUGGUAAUCAAAGCAAGAAUCCAUUUUACUUUGAUCAUUAUCAUGUCCGUGAAAUCAGUGUGAAUGCAGGAGAAUUAGUGUUUCCCGCAGUUCCGUACAAUGUCAAAUUCCCAUACAGAUGUACUAAAGCAUAUCACGAUAUGUUCGUUGGUCUGAUAUUUUUUAUUGUGUUUAGAUAUUUUCGGCGUUUAUUUUGUCUUAACACUAUUAUAUAUCGAAACACAAAGCAUUCAUAUAAUACAAACAGAAAGGGGAGGAGAUCCUCCAAAUGA